AUGGCAGAUUUGAGAAAUUUGAGGUGUUCGAACAAAGUGGGUGUCCGAUUAUCGGACAAUGGAAUCAACAAAUUGAAAAAAGAUUUGAAAGAUGAGCAGUCAUUGGAGUCAGAAGAAGGUUUUGAAACCAUAAUUCUUGUUCAGAAUUUGCCAGUGGUGUCUAAGGAGAAAUUCGAGAAACUGGAAGGAGGGUGGGCUUUGGAUGCCUGUCGACCCGACACUCAGAAAACCCUAGGAUACUGCUUCCUUGAAUUUGACACUCCUCAGGAAGCUGAAUUAGCUAGGGAAAAGACAAAUGGGUACAAGUUGGAUAGAUCCCACAUAUUUGUCGUUAACAUGCUUGACGGCAUUGAAAAGUUUAUGAAAUUUUCCUGA